AUGGGUUGUCACACUUGGAACGAUAAAAAAGACUCGAUUGGUCCGAAUGAUGGCAACACGUAUGAGCUUAGAUCACAAAGUGAUCAUAUUCGUAAGUUGCUAAAGAUGUGCUGCCGAGAUACUUUGGCAAACGAUCUUGAUAAUUUAGAUGACACUGACUCGGAUGAUGUCGACUCUGAUGUAUCCGAAAAUGAAUACGAUGACGGAAUUUGUUCUGAUGAGGAUUAUUGUGAAGAAGAGGAAGAUAAAGAAGAUGAAGGCUUUUGUGAAAUAUUGUAUGUAGAAAAAGAAGAUAGUGAAGGCGAUGAUGAGGAUGACACAGAUGAUACUGAAGACGACGAAUAUGAUUCUGAAACAAGUGAAGAUGCUGAGACUGAAGAAGAAGAGUGUUCAAAUUUUGUGAUGGAAGGUGAAAGUUCUAGAAAACGCAAAGAACCCAUGUCCGGUUAUCAUUGGGAGGAUGAAGCAAUCGACAUCGUUAAGAAGGCGUUUCAGAAAUCUAGAGAUGAGUCACAGAAGGAAACAUCGAAACGAUUCACCGCGAUUAUCGAUAUGGUGAAAGAGCACAUGAAGAAGAAAGAAGAAUCGACCGAACUCACCUGUCAACUUGAAACCGUCGAUGCUCAACUGACGCUAAUGAAUGAUAUUUUGGAAGGACGCAUCGAUUUGAUUGAAGAGUGUAAUAGGCUGGAAGACGUUAAGGAUAUUCUUGAGAAAGAUGUAAAAGAUUGUAUUGUGCCUGAAAUUCAUUGGGAUAAACUUCGUAUUCCAUUUAGUGGUUAA